CAGUUUCACCGUUGACAGUGCAUGAUACGCAACAGCUUGCAAUUUCUAACUGUUUAGAUCGAGCAUCGCUAACAUCCCGGUGGAAAAGUUACAUGAUUCCUCGGUGGAAUCGUUUACUGUGUUCAUAAUCAACGCAGCAAGUGAUUUCAGUGGCAGCGGUCCAGCAAAUGCGCUUGAUGCACGCAAUUUGAAGUCGGCACUUGCAGUGGGAUUUUUUCCAAUAAUCUGCUCAAAGCCCUGACGUUUAUGUGUCGAAAGAAACAAUAAAUAUAUCUCCUUUGUCGUCAGUAAGUUUAAACUGAAAACUUCAAUCUACGAGCAACUAAAUUCUUUGGUUCUGAAUCGAAGAACUCAAAUACAUCAGCAUCGUACUAUGACUGGAUUUGAUUCGUGCUGAACGCAGUUACCGAAAUUAAUCGGAUCCAGUAGGCAUCGACCAUGAAGACAAUCGUUUCUACAAUAACUUGGCUGCUUUUGGUCAUCGCUUCUUGUACCGCGGUCAACAGUAGGUGCAAAAUCGUAACGACUGACGACAACAGAAACAGCGUAUACUCUUGCGUCCAGGCUACUUUCGACGAUGUACUUGACAUUCCUGACGAUGUAGAAUGGAUACAAUUUUCCAUCUCAAAGUUUCCUCAACUUCCGGAUAAAGCGUUCUCCAGGUUAGCCCUUCGCGGGUUAUCUUUCUACAACUGCGACAUCGGACAUAUUCACCCCAAUGCGUUCGAGGGUCUUCGAAGCCUGGAACAAUUGACCUUUUACAGGUCGAAUAUUCGCAUUCUCAAAGCUUCGUGGUUUGAAACAUUGCACAACCUGACCCACCUUUUCUUGAACCGCAAUGACAUAGUGUACAUUGAGCCAAACGUAUUCACGUUAACCCCCAAACUCCGGUAUUUGAACAUCGAGGAUAACAACGUGAACUGCAUAUCGAAGGAAGUUCUCGAUUCUUUAGGAAGCCUGGAACAUGUCCGACUGGGCAAAAAUCCUUGGCUAUGCAGUUGUUACGCGGAGCUCUUGGAGUGGGUGAACGACAGAGGCAUCAAUUACGGAUUGAGAAACUCAAUGGGAGAGAGAUUGGCGUGUAUGAUCGAAGAUGUAGAUUCAAUUAGAGAUUACUCACUACCGUUCUACAAGACAUUUAGAAACAUUUCCGUUUCACAGAAUGGAUACAUCGAAAUGAACAUAGCGAAGUCUGUUCGUUGCGUUGGAAAGAACCUUGCAGCUCUGCACGAGAUGCCAGAUAACGCGAUAGCAAUCAGCUUUACAGACUCGCAAAUCUACAAAUUACCACGAUACGCCUUCUUCAGAUUCGGAAACUCUUUGAGGAGUUUGUUUCUCAGGAAUUGCAGCAUUAGCGAAGUGGACCCAGAAGCAUUCGUGGGUUUAUCGAGAUUGAAGGUGCUGUACAUAUUCAACAAUAGUAUCACCACGGUGAAGAGCGAGUGGUUCAAGGAUCUCCAUAACCUUGAGUACCUCAUUUUGGCUAGAAAUGCAAUCAAGCAUAUCGAGCCAAACGCGUUUGUGCUCCUCAGUAAAUUGAAAUAUCUGACCCUAAUCAACAACAAGAUACAGUGCAUGUCCCCGUACGCUUUCGAACCACUGAAGCACCUCACGGAGGUCGUUUUAUUGUACAAUCCUUGGAUGUGUAGCUGUCAGGAAGGACUUCGGAAGAGGUUACACGAGAAACGAGUUAGUUAUACCGUAUCGCGUGGGCCAUGCAUAGGCGGAUACGUACAGGACAGCGAUGACCUGUAUGAUCAGACGUUCGAAAGACGAGAGGUAAAAGUCAAAGGCCAGAAAACUGGACUGUCCAAAAGUUCGGAAGUAACUCUGAAAGUUAACGGUAGAAAUUGGAUAAACAAACAAAGACCAGAAGUUAUGGAGGUAGAGGAGGUUGUUCACAAUCGAAACAUCGAAAUUUCCAACUAUGAAUACUACCGUCUCCGAGCAGAAGAACAGCUAGACAAUGCAUUGGCGUUCGAACGAACAGAACUCAAAUGGCCAACGUCCCCGAUUGAAAUGACUACGGAGGUCGAUGAAGGAGAAAAUUGGCAUGUAACAGUAAUUCCAUCAGAAAAUUCGUACAGUUUUCGCUGGGGCACAAUAUGGGCCGUCUCAUUAAUUCCUGCGGAUGCAGAGGUCAUUAAAUUUUAUGCAAGUGAUGUACAAACCGUAUUCACUGGCAUUUUUGCUCGUUUCGGUGAGAACUUGAGAGUACUUAAAUUUGAAAGAUGUCCUGUACAGGACAUUGAGCCACAAGCCUUUGUCGGGCUCGUAAACCUGGAAACACUUGUCCUGACCUACAGUAAAAUCCAUGUGGUUAAAUCUGCUUGGUUUGAAAAUAUUCCGAAUUUGCGAAAAUUAAAUUUAUCACGCAGCCCGAUUACUAAAAUCAAUGGAGGUAUCUUUGAAAUACUGAGAAAUCUGGAAGAGAUUGACAUUUCACACAACAAAUUGAACUGCGUUAACAUGAACGGACUCUCUCACCUUACAAAGUUAAAUAAAAUUCAUAUUCACGGUAAUCCUUGGUCGUGUCUGUGUCUGAGAACUCUGAAGGAAUGGCUAGACGAGCAGCAGAUCCAGUACGAUAACGAUUUCUCUGUCGAAGGAAUACUUUGGAAUUGCACCAAAGAAUACUCAAGCUUAAAAACGGCCAGCGAUCAUGAUACCAACUCCAUCGACAGCAUGAGACCUUACGCUGAGGAAGAAAUGGAGGAAACAAAGAGAAUCGAGAAUGUUCGAAGUUUUGAGAAGACCCGAGAAGAAACUUCGAGCUUGAUGGGAAAUUUUAAAAUGACGCAAAUUGAUGAUAACAACGUAGACCUGACCGUCACAGGCCAAAGAAUUGACGAAAAUGUUUCAACACCUAGUACCGUAGAAUCAGACACCGAAGUCCCUGAGGACCAAUGCUCGCUCAUUCAAAUGUGGCGGCUCCCCUUAGAGGUUUGGGUGUGCAAGGGUGGCGAUAUUCAGAUCUUGGAACAAAUACCAAGCGGCGCAGAGAGAAUUCAGAUCACCACCUCCGAUAUAUCCGUUAUUCCAGCCAACGCCUUUGUGCGCUUUUCAAAUUUAGUAGACUUGAUUUUUUACAACAUCAAUGUUAGCGACGUGCACCCGUUGGCUUUUGCUGGCCUGAAUAAACUGGAGAGGUUGAUUUUCCGGGAAACAAACAUAACGACGGUAAGAUCGUCCUGGUUGCACAACCUCCCCAAUCUUACACGGCUUGGACUAGCAUGGAAUUUGAUCUCGGAAAUCGAACCUGACGUAUUUGAUUACCUGCCCAACCUCGAGACACUCGCCAUCCAGGGGAACAACCUUAGGUGCAUUUACACCAGCUCUCUUUCGUCUUUAAAUGAUCUGAGAGUUGUCACAAUGCAAGCUAAUCCCUGGAAAUGGAGAUGUCGUGAAGAAUUAACGAAUUUUCUUUACGCCCGUAACAUCACCUACGAAAUUUCUGGAACUACCGACGGACAACGCGUUAUUCCUAACUAAUUUCUUAGCGUCCAAUAACUUUGCGUCGGAAUAGUACCAUCCUCACCAUGUUCGGACGCGAAGAAGGGCAUGUAAAUCGUCUUAGUGCCUCGCCUGAUAGUCUUUAGGAGAAGAAUGGAAUUAAUAUUCAAAAGCUGCAUUGCUCGCAAUUAGCCAGAUUGUCACCUCAAUGAAAUCCUUAACUCCGCCGAAAUAUUGUAUGUAUUAGUAAUGUGGCUGCGGUAUUUAUAAAUAUAAGAGUUUUGUGUUAUUAUCACUCAUUGACUAUAGUUUCAAUUUGCAAUAUCCAGCUAGUGCCAUCCGUCAAUUUCGCAGUCUCUCGACUUGAGCAAUACUGAUGUUAUACCUGCUUACAACCGCGAGAAAAGUUUACACAUUUACGUCUAUUUUUUCUGAUACUUAUAAUUCAGGUCAAAAGCUGUGUGUUGGGGCGGUGGAAAAAGUACGAUUUUUAAAACGUCGAUCCGACGUCUGUGCGGCGAGAAAACUCAGAAACCCCAUAAUAAAAUAAUAAUAUUUUACAGUCA